AUGAAAUUUGAAGAUCUCUUGCUGGAAAUUGGUGGCUUUGGCAGAUUCCAGAUUUUGAUUUUGUUUGUACUUUGCCUCGCAAGAAUCAACCUUCCCAUGCAUUUUCUGCUGCACAGCUUUCUUGCUGCUACCCCCUCUCAUCACUGUGCAAUUCCACACCAAGAGGCAUUUGUGAACCUCACCAUGGAGGAAAUUCUGCUCAUCAGCAUCCCCCGGGAGCCUGAUGGCACCUUCAGGUCCUGUGAAAUGUUCUCACAGCCUCAGUUUCACCUACUGCUCAAUUCUUCUCUGCAACCAGAAAACGACUCCGUCAUCCAGAACUGCCAGCAUGGAUGGGUCUAUGACCACUCACAGUUCACCUCCACCAUCUCUACCCAGUGGGACCUCGUGUGUGAGCAGCGUGGACUGAACCAGGCAACUGCCACCUUCUUCUUCAUUGGCGUCACAAUCGGGGCCGUGGUGUUUGGAUACCUUUCAGACAGGUUUGGUCGGAAAUCCAUGCUCCUGCUGUCGCUUGUGUUCUCUGUCGUAUUCGGGAUGCUGAGUGCCGCCUCCGUCUCCUACAGCAUGCUGGCCAUCACGCGGACCCUCACCGGGAUGGCUCUGAGUGGUCUCUCCCUGAUUGUAUUGCCUCUGGGGAUGGAGUGGGUGGACAUAGAGCACCGCACCUUCUCUGGGGUCCUGACCAGCAUCUUCUGGAGCAUCGGGAACAUGCUGCUGGCCUUGAUAGCCUACCUGGUGAGGGAAUGGCACUGGCUCUUAGUCGCCGUAACAGGACCUUGUCUUCUGAGCAUUAUCUACCUGUGGUGGGUCCCAGAGUCUGCCCGGUGGCUCAUAGCCAAUGGCAAAGUGAAACAAGCUCACAAGCAUCUGCUUAGAUGUGCAAGAAUGAAUGGGAUGAAAGACUUCGCUCUCUCACCAGAGGCCCUCAGAAUGAUCACAACAGACAAAAAGCCAGGAGAGAGUUACUCCUACAUCAGCUUGUUCAGGACACCAGUCCUGCGGAAGAUCUCUCUGUGUUCUGGGGCAGUGUGGUUUGGUGUUGCCUUCUCGUACUACGGCAUGAGCAUGAAACUAACUGGCUUUGGGCUCAACAUGUAUCUCUCCCAAUUUGUUUUUGGCAUCAUUGAGAUUCCAGCCAAGAUGAUCGUGUACGUGCUGGUGAAUCGAAUUGGACGACGGCAGAGUCAGGCAUGGUCACUCAUCCUGACUGGACUAUGCAUAGGAGCCAACAUCAUCAUUCCCAAAUCCUUCACUUCCUUACGCUCUGUAGUAGCCAUUACGGGCAAAGGUCUCUCAGAAGCUGCAUUCACCACUGUCUUCUUGUACACCUCUGAGCUCUACCCCACCGUACUGAGGCAGAAUGGGAUGGGAUACACCUCCUUCACGGCACGGAUUGGUGGGGCUUUGGCUCCACUCGUCUUCCUGCUGGAUGACGUGUGGAGGUCUCUGCCUGAGGUGACGUACUGUGGCGUGGCGGUGUGCUGCGGCUCGGUGGCCUUCUUGCUCCCAGAGACACUCAACGUGCGCCUGCCUGAAGGCAUCGAGGACAUCGAGAAGACACAGGUGAAAGAGCCAUUACAAACCGGCGCUCCUGAGGGCAUGCCGUUACAGUCUCUUCUGAAGUGAGUGACUCCGUGGGACAGGGACAGACACUGUAGGACUGCAAAACUGAGCCACGCUCUGACCUGCCAACAAAAGAGCCUUCACCAUCCUCCUCGUCUCUCUCUGCAGGAAAGUGGGGCUGAGGGUAUAUAAGGAAGGAUGUGCA